UGCAAGGAUCAACUGUACAUAUUUUCUAAAUUUAAGCUAUUCAAUAUGUCUUUUACUAUCAUUUCAACUGUUAUUUGAUCAAUAAGUAAUAUCAGAGUCAAAUAUAAAAUAUAAAAUCCAUCGCACAUAAAUGAUAUCCAUUUCAGUAUUAUACCAAUCGUAUUAUCAUUAUGCUUGAACAACGGAGAAUGAACAGCAUAUUCAAUCUCUAUACUUUUCAUUUAUAAAACUUUCAAGUAAUUAACAAGAAGGUAACUCUUGUGACGUAGUUAAAAAAAUCAAUUCCUGCAUAUAAUGCAUAUAUCUAAAUAAAGAUAUCGAAGGCUAUAAUUUUCAUUAAACAGAUAUCAUUUCUUAAUGAUUCAUCUUGACAUCUUAACGGCAUGAGAAUAUGAGACUAUCCUCUCUACUUCUCGGUUUGAUUCUACCGACAUAUACAUUGGGAGGUUCAUCUCCUUUCGAAGACGAGCUAUUAAGAAGAUUUGAUGAUGAUAAUAGCACCGUGUGUUCCAAUAUUGCUUACAUACCGAGACAAGAUCAAUGCCAAUAUUUCCAAGAUAACUGUUUAAUUGAAGAUAUAGGAAUCAUUAAUUAUCUAGAUAUUUACUAUUGUCAGAUCCCAAACCUUACCCUUAUAUCAUUAUCCUUGAUCAUUGGAAGUCUAGUAUUGUUUUUCAUAGCAUUAGGUUUGACUGCUUCAGAUUACCUUUGUCCUAAUUUAUACACUUUGUCAAAAUUCUUAAAAUUAUCAGAUAAUUUUGCAGGGUUGACGUUGUUGGCUCUUGGAAAUGGUGCUCCAGAUGUCUUGAGUACAUAUAAAGCGAUGAGUCUUGACUCAGGUUCAUUGGCAAUAUCUGAAUUAUUUGGUGCAUCUUUAUUCAUUACUACAGUUGUUAUUGGAGCAAUGGCUAUUGUUCAUCCCUUCAAAGUCCCUAAACGACUGUUCAUCCGAGAUGUGGGUUUUUAUUUACUUAUAGUUUGUUUGAUAGGCCUAAGCAUGUUUGUAUUUUCAUUUUCCAUCAUUGUUUGUAUAGUACUAGUGGUUGCCUACGCAGUUUAUGUAUCCGUGGUCAUAUUGGAUCAUUCAUACUUGAAAUCACAAGCUACUAAACAGUUAAAAUUACAUAGAUCGAGAGGAAAUUUUUCAUCCGCUUCCCAUUUAAAUGUAAUACCUGAAGCUGGAGAAACUAAUGAUAAUAGUAUUUACCUUGAUACAUUUGCAAAUUUGCCAACUAUAGAGGACUUUAAUUUAGCUAAUCAAGAUAUCGAAGCGCAAAACCUACAAGGAGAAUAUACAGCUUUGUUAAGAUCCGAAUCGGGUAGUGCAGCACCAGUAGAAACUGGUUUAUAUGGUUUAAGAGUUCUUUUGAAAGAUUUAUCAAGACAAUCAAAUUUAAGUUCAGUCCAUUUAGAGACUGACAGACCCCUUACAGCACCGGUGAUGUCAACUGAUUUAGGUGUAUCCGCUCCAUAUUCUGCACAUACCUUCCCUUUAUCUCAAUCAGAACAAUACCUUCAUGAAAAUAAUGAAAUCGAACAAGAAGAUAGCGCUGGUAUUAAUGAGGAAUUACAACAAGAAAGAGAAGCCGAAAUAGAAAUGCAAACGUACCUUUUAUUAGCUUCUAACAAAAACUGGUUAAACUAUUUAAGAAACAAGGAUUCAAUUCUAGUCGAACUUAUAACACCCCAGUUAAUUGGCUUUACUUCAUUCACUACUUUAGAUAAAGUAUAUUAUAUAAUUACAUUGCCCAUAGCUAUACUUCUAAGAUUAACUAAUCCAGUAAGAGAUCACUCCAUUAUAUCAAUGAUAGAUGCACUGAUAAAGACUAGGGCCAGACAAGCAUUUUCACCAAACAACAAUAAUACUUCACAGGCAGAUAAUGAUUUUAAUUUUUACUUAGAUAGGUUGUCUCUAUCAAUCCAAGUUUUAUUAGGUUCAGCUUUUGUUUGUUAUUCAUAUUUUACUGAAUAUUUGCCUAUUUAUAUCCUAGUUCCAAUGGGUGUGAUCAUAUCGAGUAGUUUGAUGUUAUUGGUUCGUAUUAACUAUAGACAAGACGGUUUUGAAGAUUUCUCCCUGAAUGAUUUAUACCAACUAAAGAUCAUUAAUAAUCUUUGUUCCUUAAUGGGUUUCUUAAUUUCAAUAACCUGGAUUUCAGUAUUUGCUACUGAAAUCAUCUGCAUUUUAAAAGCAAUUGCUAUAAUAUUUAACAUCAGUGACGCUAUAUUAGGGGUUACCGUGUUUGCCUUAGGUAAUUCGAUUGGGGAUCUCAUUUCUAACUUCACAAUUGCUAAAAUGGGUAUGCCAAUAAUGGCUUUCAGUGCUAGUUUUGGUAGUCCCCUUAUAUCCUUGUGCUCUUUAGGUUUAAGUGGUCUAUUGGUUAUACCAUGGACUGGUAUUACUGAUGCUUAUGAUUUCAAUGCGAGUUCAACAGUUACUAUAACUUGCUUAUCUUUGAUUCUUAAUAUUAUCUUUAUUUUGGUUGCAAUUCCAAGAAAUGAUUGGAUGCUUGAUAGAAGAAUAGGUACCAUAUUAAUCCUAAAUUGGAUAAUAGCUACCUCAUUGUGUAUCGUAAAUGAGUCUUUACUGAAAAAUAUAUAGAAUAAAUAUAAAAGGUCUACGCUAUUCAAGAUAGACUCGUAAAUUUAAUUUCGAAAAUUCAAAAAAUACAAUUCAAAUGUUAAAAUUAGAUUUCAAAUCUUAUUUAAAGUUAUACAAAAUACGUUUAAAAACUUAAAACCAAACUAAAACUAAGAUAAUAGAGAUAAAACAUCUGAUUUACUCAUCCAAUAUGACAGGACCAUCCUCCUCUUCUUCUUCAUCUUCAACGUGUGGGCCAUCUCCAUUUGUGCCGAAACCUUCGUUGUCUAAUUUAGCAGAUAAGUCUUCCAAGUAUUUAAUUCUUUCU